ACCCAGCAGCGUUGCUACCAAGAAGAGCGGCCUAAGCAUCUCACCAAAGAUGGCCGACGCCAUGCGUGCCGAAGGCAAUGUGAGGGCCUGCAACAACAACCCAGCACUCACAACGCUUACAACAAAGGCAAGAGCAAGGGCGCACCCCGCAUGAGGCUCAAUGCCGGACCACCUUUGAUGGACUGCAACAUG